UCAGAGUGGCCGAAAACAUCAAGAGGACUCUAAAAUAUACAGAAAACAACGUUGUGGGAGCUGUGAAGGGAAGAGCUGGUGGAUAUCGUCAAGAUGGAGGAAUAUGAGAGUCUGGACGCGGAUAUGACAGAGCUGCAGGAUUUUCAGUGUGGGCCUUCAGAUUCCAUCAGCCAGGACGAUGAAGAUGAGGUGGAGGAGCUGCACAACAGUCUGCGAGAGGUUGUCCAAGACCAGUCUGUGAAGCCCAAACUCCAGUGCCUGAUGGUGGAUCCAUCGUUCUCCAUGGUCACUGUUCAGAGUGAGGACAGCGGUAUUGUUUGGGAGACGGCCUCUAGUCGCUGCUCUACUCCCUGGGCCUCUGAGACCAGCUCCCUUUCUGAAGCCUGCAGCAUGGAAGGCUCUGGAGCUGCAGGCAAGAUCACCAUCGUCUUCGAUGAGGACAAAAUAAUACGCAGGAGGACGAGGUCUGGAGGAAGGAGCAGCAGGCUGGGGGACAGGCUGAGCCGACCUGGCAGCUCAAGAUCGGCUUCAGCUCUGGGAGUGGAGAGACCUGAGAUGGCAGAAGUAUCUCUUCCCAAUGUCAAACAGGAGAAAACUGAAACAGAGUCGGACUUGGAAGAGAUCAAAAACAAAGAUCAGCAGCUGUUUAGUUUGAUUUCAGAGGGUUACGAGAUCCUCAACAUCAGAGUCCCGUCAAAACUUCCCACUGUGGAUGAAGAAGAGAGCACAGAGAUGCAGGACAAUUUGUCUUAUCUGGACCAGACUCCCAAGAUCAAGUCCAGAAACCACCAAACCUGGACAAAAUCACAGGAUGAUGUCCUGCCAGAGGACAUGGAAAUAUUGGAUCACCAAGAGCCCUCGAAGCAAGACUCUUCUCAGUCAAUAACAGACACAGAGCUCAGAAACACACCCACACCGAAAGAGCACCAGCAAAGCACCAGCGACAUUGACUACUUUGAGAAGUUUACCCUUCUGGAUGAGGUGGUUCCCGGAGAACAAGCUCCAGAGCUGCAGGAGGAGGUAGAACAUCCUGCAGUGAAACCCCAGGCAGAGGAGCAAAAGCCUGCUAUGGAGACAGCCACAGACAGCCAGUCAGCAUCAGAGGACUCCUUUGUCUUUGUUACAGAUGUGGAAAUAGUCGGGGAACACCUGGAUGAGGUCUUCUACGGAGGUGGAGCUCCUGCUGAUGAACUGCACCAGAGAGAAGACGACGAAGCAAAGGAUGAAACAGGGAUGAGAACACGAAGAGAGAGCCAGAGACAGUUGAAGGAGAACGGUUCUGUGUUGUUUGGGAGUGAAGAGUCCGUCCUCACCCCUAUCUAUAUCUCCCCUGGACCCCCUAAGAUCAUUGACCCCAUCCUGCUGGAGGAGCCCACCGCCAUGUCCUUCAUGUACUCUGACCUUUACAAGGAUGCUGUAGGCGAGAGGAGGAGGAGCGAUGAGGAAUACUCUGAGCCAGAGAGCGUAGCAUCUGAGAAAUCUUUUAAGAGAUCUUUGUCAGAUUCGGAAGAGGCUGACGGGUACCUGGAGAAGUUCACUUUGAAAGAUGAAACUCCCACAGUGGAGGUUCAGUCAGAGUCAGUGGAAGAUAACAAGGAAGGGAAGAUGAUUUGGUCACAGAGUAAGUUUGAAAUGACAGGAUGUCUAACGAGAGCAGUGGAAGAAGAAGACAAGGAUGAGAUAAAGUACGGGGAACCAAAAGUGCAGGGAGUCAGCAAUGAGGAGAUGAGAGAAGAUUUGCAAGAGAAAGGGGAAAUAGUUACAGAAACAGAAAAGGAAAGGGAGGAAAUACAAAUCUCUACUGUGACUGAAGAGCAGACUGUCAGACUCGCAUCAGAAGAAUCAAUUCAGGAGUCUAAACUGACAGAGGAGAAGAUGCAGGAUCAGGAGGUGAAACAUGAUGUAAAAAGAGACCAGACUGAGCCUCCUGAGAGCCAUACUGACGAGCCUCUUCCUGAAACUCAACAGGUGGACAAGGAAACAGAGAAAACAGGGGAGAGUGUGGAGCACCAGCGAGAAGAACCAGCAGAAAAAGCUAGUGAGCAAAGUGUUAUUGAGUCCAAGCAACCAUGUCAGACACAACAAGAGACAGAAAAAACAGCUGAGGUGCUUGAAGAAGCAACAGAGGAGACAGCAGUGAAAGCACCUGUAAGCACUGAGGUGCCUCAGACUGUCAUUAAAUCUGAAAUACAAACAGAAACCACUGAGAAGAGUUUGUAUGAGGAGGCAGCAACUGACUUUGAGAUGGUAGCUGCUGAUGAGAAAGAAAUAAUUGCAGCAAAAACAGAAGAGGAAACAACUGACACUGAGAUGGUGGCUGCUAAUGAGAAAGAAAUAACUGCAGUAAAAACAGAGAAAGCAGCAACUGACACUGAGAUGGUAGCUGCUUAUGAGAAAGACAUAACUGCAGUAAAAACAGAGAAAGCAGCAACUGACACUGAGAUGGUAGCUGCUUAUGAGAAAGACAUAACUGCAGUAAAAACAGAGAAAGCAGCAACUGACACUGAGAUGGUAGCUGCUUAUGAGAAAGACAUAACUGCAGUAAAAACAGAGAAAGCAGCAACUGACACUGAGAUGGUAGCUGCUUAUGAGAAAGACAUAACUGCAGUAAAAACAGAGAAAGCAGCAACUGAUACUGAGAUGGUGGCUGCUUAUGAGAAAGAAAUAACUGCAGUAAAAACAGAAGAAGAAACAACUGACACUGAGAUGGUGGCUGCUUAUGAGAAAGAAAUAACUGCAGCAAAAACAGAAGAGGAAACAACUGACACUGAGAUGGUGGCUGCUUAUGAGAAAGAAAUAAUUGCAGCAAAAACAGAAGAGGAAACAACUGACACUGAGAUGGUGGCUGCUGAUGAGAAAGAAAUAACUGCAGUAAAAACAGAAGAAGAAACAACUGACACUGAGAUGGUGGCUGCUUAUGAGAAAGAAAUAACUGCAGCAAAAACAGAAGAGGAAACAACUGACACUGAGAUGGUGGCUGCUGAUGAGAAAGAAAUAACUGCAGUAAAAACAGAAGAAGAAACAACUGACACUGAGAUGGUGGCUGCUUAUGAGAAAGAAAUAACUGUGGCGAAAACAGAGGAGGAAGCAACUGACACUGAGAUGGUGGCUGCUUAUGAGAAAGAAAUAACUGCAGCAAAAACAGAGACCCCAGCAGAAGUGAAAGAACUUGAAACUAUAAGACAGGAAAUGUUCAACUCUACUGAAUUCUCACUUGAAAUAGAGGCAUCAGCAGAGACAUCCCUGUUUAAGGAAGAAGAAGCAGUUGCUCCCGAAAAAGCUGCACCUGUUGAGGACAUCACUGACUGUGAGCCAGUGGUGCACGCAGUAGUGGAGAUAACUGAAAAGACAGUGGAUGAAAAAGAAAUCCAAACUAAAGUUCACAUUGAUCUUCAGGAGGUAACAAGUGCUGAGGCAACAGAUGUUCAAACAGCAGUUCCAGAGGGAGAAAAAAGACAGGAAGCUUCAAUAGAGAAAAUUGUGGUUGAGUCACCAAAGUUUGUACCUGAAGCUGAUCAGGAGUUAGAGGUUAAAACUGAAACUUUGAGUGAAGUAACAGAACCUCUGAUGCCGGACGAAGUCAUGACAGAUUCAGGCAAGAACGAGCAUGAAAUCCUUGAAACCGAGAAGCAUCAACAAGACAAAUCAGCAGCUGGCAGUGAAAUGGAGAAAACUAAACUGACAGCUGAAGCCAGAGCUAAAACACCCACAGAAGACACUAGGACUGCUGUUCAAGAUCUGGGUGAUGAGUUAAUCCUCCUCGUCCCUAAAGGACGAGCUGUAGAGAUGGACAUAGAGAUCGGUCAGCAUUCGGGGAAGAUCACAAAAAGUGAUCUCUCUGAACUUGACAACACAUGCAAACAACCCAUAGCAUCUGAAAACACCACAGUAUGCUCAGAAGCUCUUCAGGAAGCAAUGAAAGAAACAAUAGCCGAGCCUCAACUGGAAGAAGAACCAGAAGAAGCUCUGAAACAAGAAGCAUUACUCACAAAUGAGUUGGACAGGAGUUACUCACCUGCAACACCUGUGGAGGAGGCUGAUGUAGAGGAGCAGAAGACAGAUGGGGACUUAAAAGAAGACAAGGCCGUCUUUUCCCCUCUGAGGAGCUUUACUCCCCAGGAGGAUUUAUCUGAGCUACACAGAGAGGAUGUAGAAGCAGCAGAGGUAGAAGAAAAGGCAGAGAUGUACAGGGCGGAGGAUUCACCAGAAAUAAACAUUAUGACAGAGUAUAUAAGUCCAGAGAUUGUUGUGCACAGAGAAGACGUAGGACAAAAGAUAGAGCAAGAUGAAGCAGUUGCAGAGGGUCCAGAGGUGACUGAAGAGGAGCCUGAAUACGAGAUGAUAUCCAAACAGGAUGCCAGAGAGAUUACAGAACCUGAAAUACAGAGAGAUGCAGAGGAGCCGAGACCUGAGUCUGGUCAGGAGAGAGAAGAGAGGAUGGAGAUGAAGGCAGAGACGGAGCAGAAAGUCUUAGAUCUGUCUGCAAACGAAGAGCUGAUUGAGGAUGACUAUGAGAUCAUCGAUGCUGAGGAGGAGAUUCAGGCUCGGCUGGCUGCUGAGCUGCAGGGGAUGGACUGGUUCUGUCUCACCUGUGAAUGUCUGCUGUCCAAAGACGACUGCGAGUCUGGAGAGCAUCACAGCCACCAGGUGACUGCUGUGGACAAAGCCUACGAGGAGAUCAAGGAGAGGCUGGGUGACUGGAUCUCAGAGCUACAGGGGAGGUCCGAGAACAUCGAGGACCUGGUGUCUGAGCUGGAGCUGGCCUACAACUCUGUAGAGGACCACUGUGUGGAGGCCGAGGCGGCGAUGGUGGUGCAGAAUGAGGAGAUGAUGGCUCUGGUGAUGCAGCAGUACAACAACAUGUCUGUCAACAUGGAGGAGGAGAAGAAGACCAAGCUGGAGCAGCUGUAUGACCAGAUCGUCUCCUUUCAGGAGAGCAUCGACACCGCUAAGGCUACUCUGGAGACCACGGCCAGAGAGGCUGAGACUGACGCUCGGACAUUCAUGCAAGAGGCUAAAUACUGUGGUUGUGUGGUCAGGCUCAAGGCAGCUCUGGAGUCAGCCAUGUCACUGGAGCUGGGUCCCAGGGGACUGCUGGUAUUUGAGGACUAUGCCAAAGGCAACUCUUCCAGCUCAAACCUCACACAACGAAAGGGAAUCCCAGUGCCUCAAAGGCCCACACUUCAGCCCCAGGAGCCAGGCUCAGCCACCAGCACUAAUGUCACCGUUUACUGGAAAAUCAACCCAGGAGAUAUCAUUGACUGCUUCCAGGUCUACUGCAUGGAGGAUCCACAAGGAGCUGUGUCAGAGGAAUACCGUGUAACAGUGAAGGAGAGUUACUGUGUCCUGGAGGAGCUGGAGCCUGACAAGACGUACAAAGUGUGGGUGAUGGCUGUCAACUAUACCGGCUGCUCUCUGCCCAGCGAGAGACUCUGUUUCAGAACUGCUCCAUCAGUGCCAGUGAUUGAUACUGAGUGCUGUACUGUCACGUGGGAUUCAGCCAUGUUGAGAUGGAGCUCAGGAACACAGACCGGACAGAGUUACACCUUGGAGUACUGCCGCCAGUACGAACUGGAGGGAGAAGGGCUCAGAUCAAUCUCAGGCAUUAAAAGCUGUGAGCACAGGGUUCUCCUGCAGCCCAAUGAGAAUUACCUGUUUUACAUCAAAGCUGUGAAUGAGGCUGGAGCCAGCGAACAGAGCGAGGCAGCACUCAUUUCCACCAAAGGAACGAGGUUCCACCUGCUGAAAGACUCAGCUCAUCCUGCUCUGGAGCUGUCAGCGGACGAGACCACCCUGCACUACUCCCAGGACACAUAUGAACACGUACCACCCACAGACAAACAGUGCCCAUCCAUCCUCGGUGAGUUGUUGCCAGCAAGAGGGCACUACUACUGGGAGACCAUUGUUUCAGGAAGUGAAGCUUACAGGCUCGGAGUGGCAUACAGCACAGCCAAUAAAAACAGCCCACUGGGAGAAGACAGUCUGUCGUGGUGUUUGCAGUGUAUCCCUUCACCAUCCGGUUGCAGAUAUCAGUUGCUCCACAAUGACGUUCAGUCCAGUGUGUUUGCGAUAGAGUUGCCUGAGCGGGUGGGUAUUCUCCUAGACUACCAACUCGGUCGUCUAUCUUUCUACAAUGCCCAAAGCGGUCAGUUGUUGGGUACCUUCAGCCAGCGCUUCACCCAGAUGUGCCACCCUGCUCUGGCUCUGGAGAUGCCCGGCCACCUGGAGGUCAGCAUGGUGCCAGAGGUGCCGGAGUUUGCCAAGGACAGCUAGCUCUGCUGCCUGCCUCACACACUAACGAGUUUACAGUUCAUGUUGGACAUUUAUUGAUUGAUCUUACUGUAUAAUGAUUACAAUGAUCACUGCUGAAUUAUGUAGAAAAGCGCCGAUAAGAAGGGACAUUCAGAAUACUAACAUCCACUGAAAAGUUAAAAGAUAUGAUUGGAUCAUUAAGAAAACAUGUUUUCUCUGAUUGAACAUGAACUCAAUUUAACUUUUUUUCGUAAUAGAAAUAGAAACUUCUUGUAAAUAUCAAAACAUAGUAGUGCAAAUUAUUGAUGAGGGUAUACAACUGGACUGAAAUUGGACUGAAUUUAACUGAAAUUGGGUACUUUGAUUUUUUUGUCACAGUUAGCAUCUUGAAUUUUGUUUCAUCAAGGCAGAAAUUAGAUGUUGAGGAUAAUUUUGUAAUUUUUACCAAUAUACCCAACGCUGAUGUGAGUUUUGUACUGUUUUGUAACUGUUCAAUAGUUUACUCAUUUUCAGUUUUCUCCUCUUUCAUCAAACCCUCACUGAUAUAUAACUGCGAGUAAAGGCUCUGAUUGCAUAUUGAAGUCCAACACAAACAUCUACAAGUUAAAGCCUCUUGUGAUCCUCAAAAAAUGUAUCUCCAAGAAAUAUACUGCAGCACUUUUGAACUCAUUUUCAUAUUGUGAAUAUGCUUGUUUUGUAUAAAUAACCUUUGUAAACAGAUAUGAUCACUUCUAUAUUUUGUUAUGGCGAUGAACUGUUUUUGCUUUCACUGUCUUGUAAACUGAUUUUCAUGUUUGAGCGGAAUGAAUAUGAUUAUUUUUCUAUUUGCACAACCUGACUGAUUGUUUUGUACUCAGCUUGUUAGCUCUCUAACACCAGCUCACCACUAGAGGGCCUCAGUACUCCAUCAGCUGCAAUAUUUCCUGAGCUUCUGAGUUAACCUGUUCUCUGUCCCAGAUAAUAUGGACAGUUUAAGUUAAAGUCAGAUCAGUUACUGGUGGUCAUGCACCUAAAGAUGAAGGGGAGUGACGGCAGUACUUCGACUGAGACAAAAAAAGGAUCUUGAACAAUAACUAUUCAGAUAACGAUGGUGAACCAAACAACCUCUGACAUGAACAUAAAUCAAAUAUAUAUAUUUUUAAUAAAAGUAUUGUUUUGUUUUGGUUUUC